UAGGGCUAUAGAUGCAUUGUUUGCGAAGGCUAUCGAUCUCUUGUCCUUGCCACGGUCGUCCCAUCGGAGCUCCAUUUCUUAGGCCGUCACUGCUAGGGCUGUGCACAAUGUCUAGAUCGAGCCACAGGGGGAGAGCGCAAGGACGAGGCGGCCGCGGGGGGAGAGGCGGCGGCGGCGGCGGCGGACGAGGAGGAGGAGAGCAGCGAUGGUGGGAUCCUGCCUGGAGGGCUGAGAGGCUGAGGCAAAUGCGCGAAGAGAGGGGUCCCGAUGUGGAAUUGGACGAGGAUGAAUGGUGGACGAAGCUGGAAGAGCACAAGUUCUCGGACGAGGAAGAGAUUGUGAUAAAAACGAACUAUGGACGUGCCGGCGCUGAUAAGCUCGAGGCAAUGGCUCGUGAAUCUGGAUUUUAUUUUCAUGCAUAUAACCGAGGCCGGAACACGGUGCUGGUUAUCAGCAAAGCUCCUCUGCCCAACUAUCGAGCUGAUCUUGACGAGAAGCAUGGACAGUCGCAGCGUAAGAUCAGUAUCUCAGCUGACACAGAGACGCAUGUUGAGUCCAUGCUAGCGAAAUCAAUUGGAAAAAUCUCGGUGGUGAAAGACUCCGCUGGAACAUCUUCACACGGUGACGACAGUACUUUGGAUGAACGUCGGAAAGCUGUUGUGAACGUCAACAACACCGAGCUCAGUGCAAGGCUAAAAGCGCGUCAAAAAGAACUACAGGCCAGUCCGGCAGCAAAGUCAAUGACAUCUUUCAGAAAGAAGCUUCCUGCUUUUAAAAUGAAAGAUGAGGUCCUGCAAGCGGUUUCUCAAAAUCAGGUGCUAGUAGUCUCCGGAGAAACAGGAUGCGGGAAAACCACGCAGUUGCCACAGUUUAUUCUCGAAGAAGAGAUAAAUGCAGGACGAGGCGCGGCUUGUGACAUAAUUUGUACACAACCUCGAAGAAUUUCCGCUAUAUCAGUUGCUACUCGCGUUGCUGAUGAACGGGGAGACGAGCUUGGUGAAAGUGUUGGCUAUCAAAUCCGACUGGAGGCCAGGCGUUCGCAAGAGACGAGGCUACUCUUUUGCACGACUGGUGUGCUUUUGAGACGUCUGGUUCAAGAUCCGCUGCUAGAGGGCGUCAGUCAUGUGAUAGUCGAUGAAAUACACGAGCGUGGAAUGAACGAAGACUUCCUGCUGGUUGUUCUACGAGACCUUCUACCGAAGAGGCCUAAGCUACGUCUCAUUCUCAUGAGCGCAACUAUCAAUGCCGAUAUGUUCUCCAAAUAUUUUGGCAAUGCACCGAAGCUGCACAUUCCGGGUUUUACCUUUCCCGUUCGAGAAUUUUUCCUGGAAGAUGUUGUGGAAAGUACUGGAUUCCAAUCACAAAAUAACCAAGCAAGUUCUCGGUUUUCUGGAGGAAGACGAAUUGAGAAACAAAAGGAUUCUCUGACUGAACUUUUUGAGGAAGUGGCCAUCCAAGAUACAUACAAGCAAUUUUCCAAGUCAACAAGGAAGUAUUUGGAGUGCUGGAAUCCAGAAAUCAUAGACCUUGACCUGGUGGAGGCAGCAAUUCAACACAUUUGCGAAGAGAAGAACGAUGGUGCUAUUCUGGUAUUCUUAACAGGUUGGGAUGACAUUUCCAAGCUUUUGGACAAGCUGAAACUCAAUCCAUCCGUAAGAAAUGAACUGCUGCUUCCUCUGCAUGGAUCCAUGCCUACAAUUAAUCAAAGGCAAAUAUUUCAGCGCCCUCCACCUGGUGUAAGAAAAAUUGUCUUAGCGACGAAUAUUGCAGAAACUAGCAUAACUAUUGAUGACGUUGUGUAUGUUAUCGACUGUGGGAAAGCUAAGGAAACUAGCUAUGAUGCUCUUAACAAGCUGGCGUGCCUUCUUCCAUCCUGGAUAUCCAGGGCUGCUGCUCAUCAGAGAAGAGGACGAGCCGGAAGGGUGCAACCUGGAAUUUGUUUUCAUCUCUACCCGAAGCUGAUGUACGAUGCUAUGGCACAGUAUCAACUUCCAGAAAUCCUGCGAACACCCCUGGAAUCUCUUUGUCUGCAGAUAAAGAGCCUACAGGUCGGAAGUAUAGCGAAGUUCUUAUCUAAAGCUCUGGAGCCUCCAGAGCUCCGUGCUGUGGAUAAUGCUAUUGAGUCUUUAAAGACGAUCGGUGCCUUGGACGAUCGUGAGGAGCUGACGUCUCUUGGUCGACACCUUGCGACAUUGCCGCUAGAUCCAAAGGUUGGCAAAAUGCUGCUGAUGGGAGCCAUAUUUCAGUGUCUAGAUCCAGCGCUAACGAUUGCGGCAGCCUUGGCUCACCGGGAUCCUUUUGUUAUUCCGAUCGAUAAGAGAGAUGCUGCUGAUGAAGCGAAACGAAGGCUCGCAGGAAACGCGAGAAGUGACCACUUAGCUCUAAUGAGGGCAUAUGAAGGUUAUAUAGUUGCCAAGCGACAUGGACGCGAACGCAAUUAUUGCUGGGAGAAUUUUUUAUCUGCACAGACUCUACAAUGGAUGGACGGUGCGAGAGAACAGUUUUACGACCAUCUUUCUAAGAUUGGCUUCGUCGAUAACUCGUCAAACUCAGCAAACUAUGCGGUAGAGAUUACUUUGCAAUGUCUGUCUCCAACUUACGAUGCUUUUCUCGUCCAGGCUUACAACAAGCACAGUGACGAUCUGGAAAUGGUUCGUGCGGUUUUGUGCGCUGGUUUAUACCCAAACGUCGUGCAAUGCAAAGCAAGGGGAAGGCGAACAGCGUUUUUCACAAAGGACGAUGGCAAAGUCGAGCCUCAUCCGGCCUCUGUCAACAGUCGAGUCGGCCAGUUUGCACAGCCAUGGCUCGUCUACAGCGAGAAGGUGAAGACAACCGGGAUCUACCUUCGGGACACCACCAACAUUUCCGACUAUGCUCUUCUCAUGUUUGGAGGGCCGCUCGUCUCAAACGGCAAAGGUGUGGAGAUGCUCGAUGGCUAUCUACAAUUCACAGCGUCUGCCAAGACCAUGGAGCUUGUAAAUGCAUUGCGGUCGCAGCUAGAUGACUUGCUCACGAGAAAAAUCAAGGAUCCAAGAUUUGAUAUACAUAGAGAAGGGAAACAUGUGGUAAGCGCAGUUUUGGCACUGUUGCAUUGCGAGGAGAAGCAAUAUUAUUAGUGACGAAUAUUUAAUUUGUAAUUAGUAAGCUUGCAAUCCAUUCUUCUACCGCCGAUUUGAAAUA